AUGGCUUCUUCUUCUUCUUCUUCUAAGCCCAGAAUGAGUUUCCGCGUCUUCCUGAGUUUCAGAUACGAGGACGUCCGCCACAACUUCAUCGGACAUCUCUGCACAGCAUUAGACCAGGCAGGAAUAUUCACUUACAACGACAUUGACACCGAAGAAUCAUGGAUGGGAGAGGAUAUGUCGACCACUAUUGCGAAGGCCAUCGAGGAAUCCCGCAUCGCAAGCAUUGUUUUCUCUGAGGAGUACGCUCUCUCGUGGUGCUGUUUGAAAGUGCUGGCAAAAAUCAUAGAGUGCAAGGAACAGAAGUGCAAGGAACCGAAGGAUUUGAUUGUGUUGCCGGUAUUUUACAAAGUGGAACCAGGAGAUUUGAGACGUUGGCAUUUCGAGAAAGCUGUAGAGGUGCAUGAGUCCAAGUUGGGGAAGGAUUCGGAGACAGUGAAGAGAUGGAAGGCGGCUCUUUAUUACGCCGGCGACCUGUUCGGAUGGCGCUUGGGUUAUGAGUAA